GUAGCAUCGUACUAUCAGCAUGGUAGCUUACGUAUGAGCCUAAUGCUCCUUAAGGUGUUAAGUCUCUAACACCUACUUACUGCAAAGUCGGAAUUUCUUCAUGGGGACUGUAAGGCUGCCUUAAUAUUUCACAUGAGCAAAGGCUUAUUUCUGAUAAUGGGUAAAAGCACAUCUACUAGUGCAAGAUGAACAAUGAGGAUCAUGCUUUCUAUGUCAAAAGCCAAAAACAUUUUCAAAAGCAGUGUUUGCUAAGGAAAAAAAAAAUGAAAAAAAAAAAGUUUAUGGAUUCUUUGCUGUUUGUUUAUCCAUCAACUAAAGUCCUGUUUGAAGUGUGGCAGUUCAUAAACAUUUAUCUGGGUUUCCACAGAACUAAAGGUUUAUGUCCUCAUGAAAUAGAAUUAUUUAGGUACACAGAUCUUUACUGCAAAUAUUUUUACAAAUGAAAUAUACGGAUUUUUUUUUCUUUCUAAAUGGCUCUGAAGAGAAUAAUAUGCAUGAAUAUUCAUGAUUCAUUUUUCACUUAGGGGAUAUAAUGAAGCUCAGUCCUCUCUUUAGAUUUCGGUUGAAUGCAUGUCAUGAUAUGAUCACUACUCAGCCCGCAAUCAGCUUGGGUCUUUUGAUCCCAGUAAGAUGCAAAACCCUCGAGCAUGCAUUAACUUAUCCCAUUUUCCUUGGCUCCUAAAAAAUAGCAUCAACUGCAAGACGAUAUUAAAAUUCACGGAGCCAUUUUCUGGGCCUGCGUGCAAGAGCAGCCCUGAGAGGAGCUGAGCACAAGGGAGGGUCCCGAGCCAGCCUCACCCAGCCGGGGACAUGAGGUCACAGAAGGACCCUUUGUGACCCACGCUGGUGACACCUUGCUAUAGCCGGUGCUGGCAGUGUCCGUCAGGACAGCAAGGGGACAGGGCAGGAGCGAGUGGGACUGGCGAGGAGCCCCCGAGUGCAGCCCACGUCUUUCCCCACUGCCCGUGGCAGUCCCGAGCCUGCCCCCUCCUGACCCUCACCCCUCAUCACUCUCAAUGGAGCAGAGACCCCCAAGCCGCCCCAGGGUGGCCUGGGAAGAGGAUGAGAGCUCCCAGGAGUGCAGCUCUCUAUUGGAGCCCAUCGAGGUGUGCGAGGUGGAGCCGCUGCAGCCUGAUGCUAGCUGGCUACCUGUGUAUGAAGAGGAAGAGGAAGCUGUGGACUUCAUCGAGGCCUACGUCAGAAACCCGGAAAGGGAUGAGGUGCAGAAGAUGAAGUUCCUGAGGAACAUCAUCACCGUGUGCACAACCGCCCAAGAGAAGGGCUUGUUAGAGGGCCUGGACAUCUUCUGCCGCGGAAAUAAGCUGGCAGAGAACAUCCAGGCGCUGUUGGAAGAGAAGCCUGUGGAUUACCUGUGCACAGACGUGUGGCAGGAAGCCUUGCUUGCUACUGCGGCCUUGAGCACAGUGGAGACGGCACUGGAGGGUGAAAUGUUGUCUCUCGUUGCUGCAUGCAUUAGCAGGGUCUUCUUUCUUCUGAGAAAUGGGGAUCUGGACGCUUGGUUCACUGCGAUGCUCCUGGAAAAGCUGGACAUCAUGCUGAAAGCAUUGCUGAUCAGCCCUCCUGCCUCCAGCUUCGAGGAGAAUUUGCAUAAGAUCUUGCAGGUUUGUAAUUUUCACAGUGUUGGGCUUCACAGUGGCCGUUCCUCACCCUAG